AUGGCUUGGCCAAUGAAUAAUGGAUUGGACCAUAGCUCAGACAGGAACAGAAUGCAUAAUGAAUCACCAUUUGCAAUUGAUAAGAAGAAAGCCAACUGUAGGACGGCAGCAAAUGCAGCUGACAACAUUCUCAUUUCUCAGUCAGUAGGUGGAGGCUUUUGGCCUGGUGAUGAAAAAAUGUCUCCUGAUUGGAAUUAUGGUGCAAGAUCUUCCUGUCAUAUUAAUGAUGAGCAUGCGCAGAAUAAGCAACAAGGUGCUCCAGGACAAGGACUAAAUCAGAAUGCUCAGAAUGUAACUGCUUUGCAUGUGGUUGGACAGAGUCAAGCAACAGUUUCCAUUGUUCCUCCAAGAUCAAGAAUUAUUGAAGGCAUGCAGAACCAGGAGCUCUUCACUAAUACAAACUACACUGUAGAACCAACUAUUAUGAAUGCAAGCUUAAUGCAAAUUGGUUCAGGAAAUACUCCAAUUCAGAACGUAGUCAGCAAAGAACAACUUAGCUGCCUCUCAGCCUCUCUUGCACAUUUCCUCGGAACAAAUCAGCAGCUCACACAACUUCACUCUACUAUAAAUUCUUGUGAUGCAAAGGACACUCUCUUCGUAAGCAAAAUUGAAGGGCAAUCAUCGAAGCAAUAUGAUCCAAUGUGUGAUAGUAUGGAGCCCAAGAAUAUUAAUGCAAGUGGGGUCUCUCCAACCUUUUCUCCUUAUACAAAGAUUCCAAAAGAUACAGCCAGAAUUCCACCACUGUUAUCUAACCUGGGACAAAAUUUUGAUCAUUCUUGUAAAAAGGAGACUAGCAAAAUGGACGCCGAAAAAAAGGCAAUCUCUCAAUCUGAGAAUAAAAUUACGGAAGAGAAUAGUCCUCUGGUAAACACGGGCCAAAAUGAUGGACCUGAUGAGGGCAAGAAAUUAAAGGAUGUAAAGGGGAUUCGUGCAUUUAAAACUUCGUUGGUAGAGCUCAUUAAGAAGAUCCUAAAACCAACUUGGAAAGAUGGUAAAGUCUCCAAAGAAGAUUAUAAAGCAAUUGUGAAGAAGGUUACUGAUAAAGUAACUGGUACAGUAAAUCGGGUACAUAUACCUCAGACACAAGAGAAAAUUGAACGCUAUUUAUCAGUUUCGAAACCAAAGCUUAGCAAACUUGUACAGGUUAGUGAUAAUGUGAGUAGGCAUGCAGCAUCAGAAAUCAUUGAAUUUUCUAUUAGGUUUGUUUUGGAUGUGGAAAGAGUUGUAAACAAAUGA